AUUUGCUUCUCGCCCAGCUCCACCCAUGCGCUGCGCAAAACUUCUGAUUUGAUGGAAGGCGCAUUCCAUGACGACCGCAGUUCGACCCACUUUUUCCUGGAUCGUAGCAGUGGAUGGAUGGUAGGGCCCAAUCGUCGGCUGUUAUUCUGGGUACCACCCACUUCUCGAGAGUCAUUUUAUAGCCCUCGAACCACAUUAGUGAUACCAAGAGGAGGUCCUGAGCUUGAUAUGAGCCGCAUGGCACACGGACAACACUGGCAAAAGUGCCGAGAGGGACCUUGAUACCGACGAUGACCACAGCAUUGGAUCCAUUUUGGAGAUUGCAGAUACAAUUUAUAUGUGACCGAGUGUACACUGGAUCGUACUUCGUAUUUCAUUCCAUACCCAGCAUCUCACUUGUUGCGCCUUUUGCGGAGAGCGGGAGAAUUCUUCUAUUUAGCUGCGGACAUCUGGAGCGGCCAUUCACGUAAACGAUAUAUAGCCCAAGAUUUACUGUUUCGAUCGAUUGAAGGAAAUAUAUAGGAAACGCACAAAUCCAUAUCCAGUCAAUCUGCAAGACCUGAGCUUAGCUAGGGACGCAUCAUGUCAUACCCAGGGGUGGCAAAGGAGAGGAAAUAAACUCAUGAUCCCCAAGGUGCACAACACCGAUAAAAUGACCUAGAAAACAUCAUUCUGCAGCAUUUGAGCGCUUA